AUGGAGCAACCACCUAGGUUUGUUGCUCAGGGAGAGUAUCGUCACACUGUUUGUCGUCUUAAAAAGGCCCUAUAUGGAUUGAAACAAUCUCCACGGGCUUGGUUUGGGAAAUUCUCUGAGGCGGCAUUAGAAUUUGGUCUUAACAAAUGCCAGAUCGAUCAUUCGGUAUUUCACCUGUGCACUAAAGCUGGCUUUAUUUUUCUUGUGGUGUAUAUAGAUGAUAUUAUGAUCACAGAUGAUGAUUCUGCAGGCAUUGCUAAGUUGAAGUUGUUUCUGCAAAAUCGAUUCCACACUAAAGACUUGGGUAAACUUAGGUACUUCUUGGGUAUUGAAGUUGCUAGAUCCAAGGAAGGUAUAAGCUUAUCUCAACGGAAAUAUGUGUUGGAUUUGCUAGAAGAAACGGGUAUGUUAGGUGGUCGUCCAGUUGAUGCUCCUAUGGAUUCAAAUACAAAACUUGUGUCUGAUGAGGGUGAUCUAUUUAAUGACCCAGGCAGAUUUCGCCGCCUUGUUGGGAAAUUAAUUUACCUCACUAUCACUCGACCUGAUAUUUCAUAUGCAGUUAGCGUUGUAAGUCAGUUUAUAGGAGCUCCUAGAAUGCCACAUUGGAUUGCUGUUCUUCGGAUUAUCCGAUAUCUCAAGCGAGCUCCAAGUUUUGGGUUACUAUACAAAUCAAAUGGUCAUCUCAGGGUGGAAGGUUUUACAGAUGCUGACUGGGCUGGUUCUCUUUCAGAUAGGAGAUCUACUACAGGCUACUGCACAUUUGUAGGAGGAAAUCUUGUUACGUGGAAAAGUAAAAAGCAAACGGUGGUAGCUCGGUCUAGUGCUGAAGCUGAGUACAGGGCAAUGGCACAUAUCACUAGUGAGGUGACAUGGAUACAAAAUCUCCUAAAAGAACUUGGGUUGACAGUUGAAACUCCUAGUACAGGGCAAUGGCACAUACCACUAGUGAGGUGACAUGGAUACAAAAUCUCCUAAAAGAACUUGGGUUGAUAGUUGAAACUCCUACUCCAUUGUUCUGUGAUAACCAAGCAGUAGUUCACAUUGCAUCGAAUCCUGUGUUUCAUGAGAGAACCAAACAUAUUGAGGUUGAUUGUCAUUUUACUCGGGAAAAAAUAUUAAGUGGUAGCAUCUCUACUCCAUUUGUGAAGUCUGAAGAUCAAUUAGCUGAUAUGUUUACCAAAGUACUGGGUCAUAAUCGGUUAAGGACUAUUUAUUCCAAGCUGGGAUUAUUUGAUAUAUAUUCUCCAGCUUGAGGGGGAGUGUUAGAAUGUAUAUCCUUUAUAAUGUUGGGUCAUUAUGUAAUUACCCAUAGUAUUUAGGGUUAUUGUGUAAUUGUGUAAUUAGGGUGUCUAACCCUUGUUCUUUAUAUAAGCCCUAUUUAGAGGGCUGAAUAGUGAGUGAGACAAGAUACACAUUUCUCUCAAUCUCUCUCUCUCUCUCUCUCUCUCUCUCUCUCUCUCUCUCUCUCUCUCUCUCUCCCUAUCUCUCAUGAAUCUGAGCAGAACCAUUUUACUAUUUUGCUUUUGUUCUUACUCUGUUUCCUUCAGCCUUUAUUUGUUCCCCUUCUAGCCAUGGCUUCAUUAAUGUGACUGGCUAUUUUUUCCUGUGGAAAUCUUAUUAUUAUUAGUACUGGAGAAUUAUAUCUCUAAAUUUAUUUUUAAUUCGUUUAAAACUUUGCUUAUGAUUUGUGAUUAAUUUCAUUAAUUUCAGAAUUUUUUGUGCCAAGCAUAAAACUUUCGUUGCUUCUGAAAAUAAAAUCUAUUGAUUUGGAUAAGGUGAUAUUUAAAUGGUAACAGUAACAAAAUAAACUCAUGUUUAGCAAUUGAAUCCACUUUUUCCAUAGGACAUUUAUGUGAUUUUUGUAUCCUUAAAUGAAUCUGAAUUGAACUGAGGCUGUUCACAUUAUGCUAAAAUGCUCUUAAACAUGUUGUAAUGCAUUAGAACAUAUAGAGCUUCAUAAAUGUUGUUGUGAUAUUCUUGUUUCUCCUUUGUGACUCGAAUGAUGAUUACAUUGUUGUCCAUCUUUAAGUCUCUUCUUUUUCUGCUAGAUGUUUCUUUGCAUGUCAUAAUCAUAU